AUGGCUAUUCGGAGAUUUAUCUGCAAACGAGGGCCUCCCCUCGAGAUUUUCCUAGACAACGGUACUAACCUUAAAGGAGCCAGUAAGGAACUAAUAAAGGUGAUUCACCAUAUUGAUGAAGACUGUGCAAAUGAGUUAACCAACGCUCGAAUGAAACGGAACUUUAAUCCGCCAGCCACCCCGCAUAUGGGAGGUGUUUGGGAAAUGCUAGUUCGGUCAGUGAAAGAUGCGCUGGAAGUUAUUGAUGAUGGAAGGCGUCUUACGGAUGAGAUUUUACUGACAGCAAUAGCUGAAGCUGAGGAUAUGAUUAACUCACGUCCUUUGACCUACGUGCCGCAGUCAGCAGAUGAGAUCGAAACACUAAGUCCGAAUCACUUUCUUCGUGGAGUAUCGCCCAAUGAAGCUCAGUCAACACCUCCUCCACCGUACUCAGCAGAGGCUCUCAGAGAUGCCUAUAAAAGAUCACAGCAACUAGCCUCGGAAAUGUGGAACCGGUGGAUUAAAGAAUAUGUCCCCACUUUAAACGGUCGUGCCAAGUGGUUCAGUGAAACGAAGGGUUUGAAAACCGGCGAUUUAGUCUACGUAGUAGAAGGAGCUAAACGUAAACUCUGGGUGCGAGGAAUGGUCGAAGUUCCCAUAAUAUCUAGUGAUGGACGUGUUCGCCAAGCUUGGAUUAGAACUAACAGCGGAGUAUUCAAAAGGGCGACAGCCAACCUUGCAGUAUUAGAGAUUGGAAAUGGUAACACUGAUCCGGAUAACGCUAUUGUGUCAGAAUUACGGGCUGGGGAAAUAUUGAGGGCAACACCACGGAGACCGAAUGAUGCUUUGUGCAACACGACGCCGAAGAAGGAUGGUAAACGUCAACAGGAAGAAAGCGGAAAGAAAGAGAAGUAAGGAAACGUAAGGUUGAAUAAUCAAUGUGUUAAAACUGUGAAGAUAGAAGCAAGGUGAAAUUUAUCGAAUAAAAGUUAAUUUAGUAGUACAAGUUGUGGUGAGGAUAGAAAUUCUAGAAGGAGAAAAGAGUGAUAGUUUGGAUACGUGAAAGGAUUACAGAAACCUUAACCUAUUAUCACAGACAGUUAUCACAUGUGGUUAAUUUAGAAUAAAACGUGCG